AUCACUAAUGUUCAAAAUUUUAAGUCUUCGCAAAGAAUGAAAGUACACGCUACUUGUGGAAGGGGAACUGAAAUGUUUGCAGUGAACGAAGUGAAAAAAAAGCUGAACGCAGAAGUGAUAAGCCAGGAAGAUGGCAAAGUAUUCUUUAUGUCUGCUGUUGAUGAGUCAGAGGCUGGUGAUCAUCACUUUGAAAGGGGGCUCUUGAAAUUGAAAACAGUUGAGAGAGUCUUCAUUACAUGUACCCACAUUGCUACAUCUGAAAUAAAAGGAUCUGGAAAAGUGAUGUUUCUACGAAGAUUGAAAGAAAAGAUAUUGGAUCCAUGCAAAAUAAAGGAGGCUAUUUCAAGUUUCCAAAAAGUACAGUCCUGUUCAAGUGAUGAUACAGAGGCUACAUUACAGAUAAACUCCAUAAUAGAAGCUCAGUGCAAUGGCAAGCAUAAAAAAUAUGUAGCACAUAAUCUUGGUGCAGCAUGUCAUGAACAGCCACAAUCAACUUCAAGCCCAUGCUCAGACUCAGACAGUUUGGCUGACUUCACUCAGUCCUCACUUACAAAAGGCCUUCACAAUGUGAAACGAUCAGGAGGCAAGCUUCCCAAGGUCUGUGACUGUGGAAAUAACGUAGAGGAUAUUUCAGAGCAGGCAAAGCCACAGAGAAAGAAGUCUAAGCUGGAUGGUGAUGUACAGACUACAACAGAUUCUGCAGAGAUGCUGGAGCAACAGACCCCAAGUACCAAUAAUAAUGUGACUUUUCGCUUUUCUGUCAAAUGUGCAGGAUGGUGUAAAAAGUGGCUGCAUCCACAGCGUCUGUCUAAAGAAUGUGGCAUACGACUGAGUCAUUUACUUGGAUGGACAGUAGAUCUUUAUUCUCCAAUGUAUGAUAUCCAUGUCCACAUAAACGACGAUUUUGUCACAGUUGGAGUGCCACUAACAAGUGCACCACUAUCUAAACGGAACUACAUUUUAGAUUAUGGUCUUCGGUCUACUGUAGGGUGGAUCAUGGCAGAUCUUGCAGAUAUCCAGCCAGGUGACUAUGUCUUGGAUCCAAUGUGUGGAAAGGCCACUACACUGAUUGAAGCUGCAAGAGAUGUAAAACAUGCCAUGGGCUACAUUGGAUGUGACAUUGAUGGUAAGCAGCUAGAAGCAGCAGCUAAAAACCUGGCUUCAGCUUUGGUCAACACUGACGUGCAACUGAUGCAGGCUGAUGCAGAGGCUCUACCCUUUAGGGAUUCAAGCAUGGACAAAAUUAUUUGUGAUGCUCCCUUUGGCUAUAAAUUCACAGUGAAUUCUGAGCUGCAGUAUUUCUAUAACAACAUCCUAGCAGAAAUGGAGAGAGUUUUGGUACCAGGAGGUCGCCUGGUCCUGCUUACAAGCCAGCAUCUGAGCACAAGAAUUGCUGAAAUCUUUGAGAAUUGUCAGGAUUCAAAUAAAAAACAAGAUACUUUUGUUUCAGAACCCCAUGAAGCGUAUGACCAGAAAGAUAGUGUAAUAGGAGUUAGAACUUUUCACAAAAUGACAGCUGGAACUUCCGGAGUUGACUGGGGGAAUCAGAAUCUGGACUCUGUGAAAUUCUGGUCUAAUACCUCUGACUCAGAGUCCCAGAUGAUUCCUAGUGCUGGUUCACCUGUUCCACAUCUGUUUCAAGACCAUACAACAAUAGAACAGCUUGGGAAGUGCUUAAUGAGGUUUUCACUUUUUGCAAAACAUUAUGUCAAGCUUGGAGAAACUCAUGGUAGUAUUAUGGUCUUUCAAAAACAAAAAUACAGAGUUGAGUAACUGAACAAGUGACAAAUAUCCUCUUUUGUAUUGUAUUUAUUAAAUAUGUAUGAUCCACAGUAAUAUUAUGUUAGCACAUUCAUUACCCUGUCAGCCUUCAAAUAAAGGAAAAUAUAAUGUACUUUA